AUGGAGGCUGUACAGCGUGAACUCAGACCCAACCCCAGGAAUGGAGCGAACAUCUUUUCGCAGAUCUUUCUUAUUUGGACGGCGAAAAUUUUCAAAAUUGGAUACAGAAAAGUAUUGGAUGUUACAGAUCUUUUUCGACCCCUGCACAAAGAUCAAUCUGAUGUUUUGGGGGAUAAAUUAGAAGCAAACUGGUAUGGACAGAAAAAUAGCAAAAAUCCAUCCCUGCUGAAAGCAGUCUUCCAGACGUUUUGGAAAGAUUUAGCCAUUAUGGCGAUAUAUGCCCUGAUAUCGGAUUUCGGAGUUCAUUUAUUUCAACCUCUGGUUUUAGGUGAACUACUGGCAUUCUUCAAAUUGGAUUCUGACAUAGAAGACUCAGAUCCUAAGUUCUAUUGGGGAGCAGCCUUGGUUUGUCUCACUGCUCUAGGCUCCUUGGCUACCAAUCACUACACGAUGAUUGCAUUUCACACAGGAAUGAGGAUACGUGUGGCAGUCUGCAGUCUUAUCUAUAGGAAAGCUCUGAGAUUGUCCCGAACGGCACUGGGCGACACAGCUCCUGGAAAAGUGGUAAACCUGCUGUCCAACGAUGUCAGCCGUUUCGAUAUUGUGUCCGUUUUUGUCAAUUCUAUGUGGUCGGCUCCGUUAUUGACUAUUGUCAUAGCUGUAAUGCUGUACUUAGAGAUUGGAUAUUCGGGGCUGAUUGGAAUGGUUGUGAUUGCCUUUGUUGCUUUUCUGCAAUCGUAUACCGCCAGACUGUCAUCAAGGUUCCGAUUUCAAACUGCUGUACGAACUGAUGAGAGGGUUCGUUUUAUGGAUGAAAUUAUAUCCGGAAUUCAGGUCAUCAAAAUGUACGCUUGGGAGAAACCAUUUGCCAAAAUUAUUUCUUUCGCUCGUAAAAUGGAAUUGAAAAUAGUCCGUAAAAAUACUUACGUUCGGGCUCUCUACAUGACCUUUAACUUGUUCACCACCCGAGCUGCGAUUUUCAUCACUAUCAUGACCCUAGCCCUGGAUGGUGGUGAUAUCUCCGCCAACAAAGUCUUCGUUGUGACCUCAUACUACAAUAUCCUAUCGUCAAUCAUGGCACAAAUGUUUGUUCGUGGAGUAGCUGAAAUGGCUGAAGCCUUUGUUUCCUUUAGGCGUCUUCAAGCCUUCUUAGAUUACGAAGAAAAAGAAGUAAAUAAAAAGGACUUCUUAAAUCAGUUUGGUAUGAAUGCGGGUGAUAAAGUUAAAGCCUACGGAGUCGAUACACUAGAAAAGGGAAUUGCAUUGCAGUUGAGACAUGUAUCCGCCAAGUGGUCGGCUCCCAAUCCAAAUGCGACUAAACAAUAUGACACCAAAAAGAAGACCAAGCAAUCAAAGAAAUUGAAGAAACUGGCGAAGAAAAGAGGUUCUACCCCUAAACAGGAAACUGAUUUUAAAGACAGACCCACAUUGGAUGACGUCAGCAUUGACUUCAAGAAAGGAAAAUUAAUUGGUAUCAUCGGAGGAGUUGGAUCGGGAAAAUCAUCUCUUCUUCAAGUGAUAUUGGAAGAACUACCACUCAACACUGGAGCAGUAAAUUGUCCGGGAAAGAUUUCGUAUGCUUGCCAGGAACCUUGGGUAUUCUCUGCUACAGUUCGUCAAAAUAUCUUAUUUGGUCAAGAGAUGGACAGAGUUCGGUAUGAUUCAGUGGUGAAAGCAUGUGCCCUACUUAAGGAUUUCGAACAGUUCCCAGAUGGGGAUAUGACGAUUAUUGGAGAGAAAGGAGCUUCACUUUCUGGUGGUCAGAAAGCUCGUAUCAAUUUGGCACGUGCAGUCUACAGACAAGCAGACAUUUAUCUCUUAGACGAUCCUCUUAGCGCUGUUGACGCUCACGUUGGUCGACAUCUUUUUGAAGAGGUCAUUGGCCCAACAGGUCGCCUGGGCAGACGACACGUAACACGAAUCCUGGUUACUCAUCAAAUUCAUUUCUUGAAAGAAGCAGAUUGGAUAGUUGUACUGAAUGAUGGCAAAAUUGAAAUGCAAGGAACUCCAGGUGAUCUUUCAAAGAGCGACAGUGACUUUGCUCAAUUGUUAGAGCAAGAUCUAAGCGACGAAGAAGAGGAUGAAGAACAGGACACAGAUGACCAAACAAUUGAUACUAGAAGUCGAAGAUCUUCAACCAAAUCGGUGUCAGCUUCACGAACUUCAUUGUCUGGUAAGGAGAAGGCUGACGAUGAGAAGGAUAAAGAAAAAUUAAAGGAGCAGGCUCAUCAAAUGGAGGGGACAUCCAAGGGGACGGUUAAAGGAUCAGUUACCUGGAACUAUGUCAAAGCCGGCGGAUCAGUUGUGUUGCCUUUUAUCGUUGUGUUGCUGUACUUUUUAACUCAAGCGGCAGCUAGCUUUACCGAUUGGUGGGUUUCAUAUUUCACGGAACAGGAAGAAUUGCGGACGUACUACAAUAACAACAAUGUAUCAAUUGAGAUAACUAGUCCGUUCAUGAAUGACUUCCGCUUCGCUGAGAAUCCAAACACAAUCGUGAACGAUUUCCACAAUACCCUGAAUAUGAGUUUAUUCGCAGCGGAGGAAGAAACUGUGGCAUAUUUGCUAAGCACCGACUUCUUGAUUGCGAUACAUGGCAUAGUUGUCGCAUUGAUAUUCAUCAUUGGUAUCCUGCGCUCAAUUGGGUUCUUCACGAUGGCGGUUAGAGCUUCCCAGAAUAUGCAUGAUGGCAUGUUCAGCAGUCUGAUUAGGGCUCCAAUGAGGUUCUUCGAUACCAAUCCAUCCGGUCGUAUCCUGAAUCGUUUCUCUAAGGACAUGGGAGCUGUUGAUGAACUUCUACCGAAGUCAAUUUUGGAUGCAGCUCAAAUCAUUCUGAAUAUGGUUGGUGCAAUUAUUGUGACAACCAUAGUUCAGCCUAUAUUUUUGGCCCUUGUUUUCGUCCUGGGCAUUAUUUUCUGGUUUAUUCGGAAGGUUUACCUGAGAACGUCAAAGAACCUCAAACGAUUGGAUGGAAUAACAAGAUCACCAGUGUUCACCCAUUUGGCUGCAUCUUUGCACGGAUUAUCGACCAUUCGGGCUUAUGGGGCUCAAGCUGACUUGAUUAAGGAAUUUGACGCUCAUCAGGAUAUUCACACAGCCUCGUAUUACAUGUAUAUUAGUACGUCGACAGCUUUUGGAUUAUCCUUGGAUAUUGUUUGUCUGAUUUUCCUUGCGUGCGUAACAUUUUACUUUUUGAUUGUGGACGAUGGCUCCAUGGGUGGUCAAGUCGGUCUAGCUAUUACCCAAACAAUGUCCAUCACUGGCUUCCUCCAAUGGGGUAUUCGUCAAAGUGCGGAAGUAUCCAACCAGUUCAUGGCAGUAGAACGUGUCCUUGAGUAUCGUGAUUUGGAACAAGAAAAACAAUCAGCGAAAUUAGCUCCAGUUGAAAAGGAUUGGCCUGCAGACGGUAAAAUCGAAUUUCGGCAACUUGUUUAUAGAUAUUAUGAAGGAGCUGAAGCGGUUCUUAAAGGACUCAGUUUUACUAUUCAUCCAAGGGAGAAGAUCGGUAUUGUUGGACGUACAGGAGCUGGUAAAUCAUCAUUAAUUGGUGCUAUAUUCCGAUUGGCCAAGGUAGAAGGAGACAUUCUCAUUGAUGGAGUAAACAUUGCAGCAGUUGCCUUAGAUAAUUUGCGAUCACAUGUUUCCAUUAUUCCACAAGAUCCAGUUCUGUUCUCCGGCACUAUCCGCAGAAAUUUGGAUCCUUUCGAAGAAUACCCUGACUCGGAUCUUUGGCAAGCUCUUGAAACAGUAGAACUCAAGGAUAUUGCCACUGGUCCACUUGGAUUGGAAGGAAUGGUAGCAACUGGUGGAGGUAACUUCAGUGUUGGUCAGAGACAACUGGUUUGUCUGGCACGUGCUAUUUUAAGGAACAAUAGGAUAUUAGUUUUGGAUGAAGCAACAGCCAACGUGGAUCCACACACUGACAGCCUCAUUCAGAAGACCAUCCGGGAACGAUUCGCUGACUGCACCGUUCUAACAAUCGCUCAUCGAUUGCAUACCAUCAUGGAUUCAGAUCGAAUUCUUGUUAUGAAUUUCGGGCUGGUCGAAGAGUUUGAUAUUGCCCAUAUCCUUCUUCAGAAGCCUAAUGGUCUCCUGCGGGACAUGGUCAUGACGACUGGACCGCAAGAGUCUGAACGAUUAAUAGAAAUGGCCAAAGAAAAGUAUGAGUCAAGUUCAAAGAUAAUGUAGUGCAAUUUGAUAUGAAGAUAGGUAUCUUAUUGUAAGUUUUUUAUUUAUCUAUAGAUGUUGAA